AUGCUCAACGAGGUGCAGGCGACCGACACGGUGCUGAAGGCGGCGAAGAACUGCCUCUGUCCAAGCUGUGUGGCUCGGACCAAGCCUGGUGGAGCGCCUCCCGCAUCUGGACUGACGGCCAAAGAGUUCAACGAUCGCAUCGUGGUGGAUUCAGCGUGGAUCAACACCGACACGGGCCGGAAGUGUGUGCUGACCAUUCUGGAUCAAGCAACGAGGUAUGUGGCGGUGCGCAUCUUGAAGGCCGAGCGUGCGGAGGAGCUCAUCAAGGGCAUCGAGCGGGCUUGGAUCAAACAGUUCGGAGCGAAGGGCUGGGCUAGUCGGAUGCUUCGGGGCUGGGCCAGCGACAAGAACAUUGCCCUGGAGAUUGCGCCGGCGGAGGCACACAAUUGGCUCGGUGCAGUGGAGAGAAAGCACCAGGUCAUUCGGAGAGCGCUGGAGUUCAUGGAGGACGCCAACAACAAAACGGAGAAAGGGCUGCUACAAGCCUCGAUCUAUGUCCCGGGCCAGGUGAACGCGAUGAGCAUGACGCGUGGCUUCACGCCAACUCAGUGGGUGAUUGGGAGAAGUCCCAACCAAGUACAAUCGGUCACCGGCGACCUGUUCACCCCGACAGUUGACGCCUUGGAUGCAGCUGGUGAGUUUGCCAAUGUGCAGAAGAAGCGGCUGGCAGCUCAGACGGCGUUCAUACGCGCAGACAGCGAUGCCAAGCUCAGGCGGGCCAUGAACCAGAACUACCGGCAGAUCAAGGACACGGUGGUGGUUGGACAGGUGGUCUACUGGCGGGAGAAGGGAGCCGGAAUCUUGCAGAAGCAGAAGUGGCGUGGACUGGCAAGAGUGGUGGCCAUCGAGCAGGAUAACAAGGAUCGCGAUGCCGUGAUUUGGCUGGCGCAUGGACCCUCCCUGCUGAGGCGCGCUACGAAUCAGGUGCGGCCCCGCGUUGAGGACACCGGAAUUCCUUUGAUCUCCGACCCCAACGCGGCGCUGAAGGCGAGAAGUACCACGCAGUUCAAGGAUGUUUACCGUCCUGAGUUGCCGGGAGACGAAGAAGAAGAUGACAUCGAGGAGCUCGACGCCGAGUAUGAACCGGAAGAACCUGGAGAGCCAGGUGAAUCACCCGAGGUGGAUGAGAGCAUGUUGCUGGGCAUCGUGGUUCCUUUGAUCCGGAGCCGAGAAGGGCGAGCGGGUCAGAACCGAUGUCUCGUGAGCGAACACCUCGGCGAGAUGCCAGUGAACCAGAACCAGCGCCACCAUCUGAAGUCAGUGGAGAAGCAGGUGGACAAGAAGACGGGCGUGAGAGAAAGGAGAGUGACCGACCUGAACCUGAUGUGCCCGUACCCGAAGACGGUCAUCAUCGAUGACAUCACCUUCGUCGAUGGCAUGGAGCUCGAGAAUUACUUCCGCAACAAGGUCUGGAACUUUGCGGAGGCGAGCCCGGGCGAUGAGUCGCGGAUUGUGUCAACACGGUGGGUGCUGACAUGGAAGGUCACGGAGAAUGGUCCGAAGGCAAAGGCACGGCUUGUGCUGCGCGGAUACCAGGACCCGGACCUGAUUGGGCUGGAGAAAUCAGCGCCAACGGCAGGGCGACUUGGGAAGGUCUUCCUCAUGCUCUUUGUGCAGAACCUGGACUGGCUGAUGUUCGUUGGGGACGUUCAGCAGCUUUUCUGUCUGGAGCAAGCUUCGACCGGAAGAUCUUCGCCAAGCUGCCUGCGGACUGUAGUGCUCUACUUGGAGUACGUGGACAAGCCUACAUGUGCCACAGACUGGACAAGUGUUGCUUCAUACUACGGCAAGGCCGACUACGCGCUGAAGGUCAUCCUCAUCAUGCACGUCGAUGAUGUGAUGUGCACCCAAGCUCGUGAACCGGAAGCAGAUGCUGUGGUCGAGGAAGUGCGCAAGAACUUUGACUUCGGCAAGUGGAAGAAAUUGUCGGAGAAGAACCCUAUCACCUACUGCGGAUGCCAGAUCAGCAUUCAACACGGUGAGAUCAACCUGGAUGCGGAGGAGUACCUCAAACAGGUCAAGCCGAUCACUGUGGACAAGAACGGAACCGGCGACAUGACGGACCGGGAAGUUUGGGGCACUUCAAUGGCCAGCAGGACGGAGCUCAACAAGGGGCUGAGGUUUGCCAAGGCGACAGCUGGGGUGCGUCUGAAGUUCCCAAGAAUGGUGAAUAACCUGGACGAGCUGUGCUUUGUGGUGUUUUCCGACGCGGCGUUUGGCAUUCGUCGGGACUUCAGCUUGCAAGGUGGCUACAUCCUGGUGGCGGCAAACAAGAAGUUGCUGGACGGUGAGUGCAUGCGGUACACAACCCUGGCAUGGAGGUCAUUCAAGCUGGACAGGGUGUGCCGGAGUUCGCUUUCCGCAGAAAGCCAAGCAUGUGCGACGGCGACGGACGAGCUGAUGAUCACCAAGCUCUUCUACUCCCUCAUGCUCGAUCCUGACCAAGAUCUGAGAUCUGGCGAGAUGGUGAAGAAGGCGGGUCAGAGUGCGGUGGUGAUUGAUGCUCGGGCGUUAUACGACGCGACCACGCGGGACACGAUCAAGAACGUUGUGGACAAGCGGGCUGCUGUGGAAAUCCUGUGCAUUAAGGAGGCGCUUGAGUUCACCGGCAGCGAGAUGUGGGUGAGCUCAGAGAGACAGCUGGCGGAUGGGCUGACAAAGCUGUCAGCAAGGCAGUCACUGGCCGAUGCGCUGGGCGGUGGCUACAUUCAACUGGUCUUUGACGAGACCUUCACAGCGGCGAAGAAGAAGACCCACAAGGAGCGGAGUCAGCAAAGCCAGGUGGUGCGCGGAAGCGCGGUGGCGAACUAUGUGAAGGCCAUGUGUGUUUGUCACCAUUUUGGUGAUGAAGCUCGUCAAGGCAGAGAAGAAGAGCAUGCGAGAAAUGGAGACGCAGACCGAACGGUGGGAGCUUGA